GGACUCGGGAGACAAUGAGAACUCUGACCGACCUUCAAGGAUCAUCCUGUAACUGUGACAUUAUUUUCAUUUUAAUGAAAAAUUCACUGCAGGAGGCGAAAAGUAGUACGGUCAAUACCGAAAUGAACGUAGCCUUCCCAACGUCCAUGUCAGAGAACACUGACCGUCUGCGUGCAGGCUUCUACCGCUGUACCAACUACUACAGUUUAUGACUGUAAUAUACGUACUGUGCACCAGGGUAUUUUAGUACUCCCUCGUUACAACUCAUGUACAUGUAGUAUAAAAAAUCAAUUAGUAGUCAUCUAUCUGUCUACUAUGCCAUGCAUAAUGGGCUACGGUAUACGGCCUGCCUCUCCUACCGUCUCAAGCUGCCAUAUGCCAUGUAGAUUCUACAAUGAACGUGCACAUUCAAAAUUAAAUUAUUUGUGGGCGUGCUCCUUACCUGCACGUGCACGGAGUCCGUGUGCAGCAGCCCCUGACUCGGACUUGGAAUGGCAAAGACUUCAGACGUCUACUAGCUGGCAGAAUGCAUACCGUGUCGCUCCAACAGGCAUCUCAGCUUGGCGACGUCAGUACGGAAUGGGUGGUCUUGAAGGUCGUAUCUGGCACAUGUAAGGUCUACAACUGUCGGGAUCUCAUGCCAAGGGUUGUGGAGCGCUCUUCCUCUGAAUGAAACUAUUUUUUGAAACGCUCCGUGUAGCGAUGUUGGUUCUAGGUGUAUUGCCAAUUAUAAAUUUCAAUGCUUCUGAAGAGAUCAGUAGAAGCUGCCUGGAAAUAGUCACAACUGGGCUAUAUCUACUAAGUAUGACUCGAUCUUCGACAGUAGAACAAGGAUUAGCAAUGUUGUGAAAAGCCAACGUGAGCUCAAACCAAGAAAACAUAGUGGUCUCCUCAAAUCGAGCAAACAUGGAGAGGCUGAUGGUUCUUGCAGCAGCAGCAGCGCUAGUGGUUGCGUGCAGCAUAGCGGACGGUCAGUUAGCUUGCUCUGCCCCAGUCCUAACGGAGUGCACGUGUGAAAGCUCUUACAAUCGCAGUCGGGUCUACAGUUCAGCCCAGCCGGCAGUGAUCUGCAACGGUUCGACGACAAAUACUUUGCAAGACGUCCUGGGUGCACUGAGCAAGACAAGUGGUCAGCCUGCGACGAUAUUCACACUAAUUAUCACCAAAUACACGAUGACCACUGAGAUCCAGGAGAAGGCCUUCGAUGAAUACGCUCAGCUUCGCGAGCUGGUCUUGUCAGACAUGCGUGUGGCGACCAUCCAUCCGUCCGCGUUUAGUCAGCUCUCCAGACUGGUUUCAAUAACUCUGACAAAGCUGAGAUCGCCACAGAAAGGCCUUGGCAUCCUGGAUUUCGCAACGUUGCUUCCCAAUUCGCCAACCCUUCGGAUCAUUGAUCUAACAGAUAGCAGGGUGAGCGGAAUAGCAAGGCAUUCAUUUGCCAACAAGGCAGUGCAAACAUUAUUGGUAGGAGGCACCGACAUUGCAUCGCUUACAGAAGACCUGCUACAAAACAUAAAACACAUCUCUCUGGGAAGUAUCAAAUGGCAAUGUACAGCUUGUGUGUGCCCACUGGUGAGAAGAGCUCUCAACCUCAGCAUGGUGUGGGACGACAGGGCCACGUCUGUGUGCGACUCUCCACCCGCAAUGAAAGGCAGGACUCUGGCAUCCAUGAACUCAUGCGGAUGCGCAACUCUGUCCUCCUCCACAUCCCUCUGCAACGAACACGGUGACUUUGUUUGUUCGGCGCGGACCACCAUCCCGUACUUAGACUGCAGCAACCCAGUGGGCUCCAACACAGUUUGUGUGCCGAUGGUGCCAACGACUCCCCAGGCGACCACUAGAGCACCCCAACCGCCUCAAGCAACUGAGGAUGGCUCUAGCUGGCAGAGCAAGGCGAGAGAGUUCCUGACGAGCACAGUUGGAAUUGUAACUGCCUCCGCUUGCGCAGUGAUAGUCAUCGCAAUGUGCAUCGUUAUUGCCUGCUGCUAUAGACAAAAUCAGCGGCAAAUUCGUCAAGCGGACAGUGCUCAGCGAUUAAUCCACGAGUUGCGAGCUAGCUCAGUUCGCUCCCACAACUCCAGAGACGACGGGCAGGAUGCAUUUGCGUUCCCGGACUUUGGCCUUGGCCCGGAUAUAUCUGGCUUGGACAGCGCACCAGACGGUAGUAUUAUGGCAGCCAUUUGCAGCGGGCUAGGAGGGAAUGUGGGAUCACAGAAACCCCUGCCAAAACCAGGUGAAAAGUCAGACAAAUCCCAAAAGACGGGAAAGCCUUCACCUGGACCGUCCCCACAAGCCACCCCUAACACUAGCCCACAGAGACCGCUGUCAGCAAGCAGACCAGGUUCAAUGGUCAGCCGAACAUCAUUACGCCAUCAGCCAAUAUACGAAGAAAACGAGGAAGGUGACCCCAGUGACGGAUGAGAACAAUGUCGCUUGCAUUAGCACCACACUCCAUCAUAUCUAUGCAUUUGAAAUUUUAGAAGUUGUGCGGGCUCGAGGCACUAACUAACUAAUGCAGUGAUUGAUAAAUGUGACCAGUCCACUCAAUGUUAACCUUUAAAACACCAUUUACAGCCAGGAUGGGUAGGCUUGAAACUGUAUUUAAAAAAUUCCAUCUCCUGGCAUCAAUUUGUAGAUGCUGGGGAAUCACUGUUGUUUCGCGAAGCACCACACGCGGAGAGUACUAUCUUACAUGCUUUCCCCUGCUGAAAGUUGCUCUAGGGAUACAUAUUCUAAAUUUAUUUUGUUGAGGAAGAAUGAAAGGCAAUUCUCCAUCAUAAUUAUUUAGAUGCCUAUGAGAAUUCAUAGCAGGAUUGACUUUGAUACAAUUGAGCUGAAUUGCAUGAUGUGCUGCAGCACUUGAUAUUAUUAUUAUCUUUGGUAUCACCAUGAUCCUUGAGAAUGGCAUCGCUGCCAUGAACG